AUGUCACCGGCAGUGAAAUGGGACCGUCUAGUGCGGUAUGUGUCAGCCAAAGACGGCAAAGUCAGAUAUGGCGAUCCAAUCGUGUCGGACGAGAAGCCUGAUAUUGAUGCUUUGGCGUUGAAGGGAGGCUUAAAGGUGAAGGUACUGGAGGGUUCGCAUCCAAUGUCCGCGGAGGCAACAGGAGACGAGGAUGAGGUGAAGCAGUUGCUUGGACCAUUGGCGCCGACGGAUGUACCUAUCAUCAGAUGUAUCGGACUGAACUACACGACGCACAUCUUGGAGACUGGGUUCGACAUACCCAAGAACCCGACACUUUUCAUGAAGACCCGACAAGCCGUCGCGGACACACGACAGCCCGUGCCCAUCCCCAAGCUUGGUCAACCUAAGUUAGACUACGAAGGCGAGCUCACAGUUGUCAUCGGCAAAGACUGCAAGAACGUCUCCGAAGACGAGGCCCUCGAUUAUGUUGCCGGCUACGUCAGCAGCAACGACGUCUCCUGCCGUGACUGGCAGAUGGAGAAGGAAAAGGCCGGCAUGCUGCCUCAGUUCUCCUUCUCAAAGUCAUUCGACAAGUACGCUCCCCUCGGACCGUGCAUUGCGUCCACGAAGUUGCUCGGUGACGGCUCGAAUCUCAGGAUGAAGACGUACGUCAACGGCGAGCUGAGGCAAGACAUCAGUACCUCUGACCUGUGCUUCGGUGUGAAGAAGUUGGUCUCGUUCCUGAGCACGGGUCAGACUCUGGAGGCUGGGAGUCUGAUCAUGACUGGCACCCCAGGUGGCGUCGGCAUCGGCAUGAAGCCACCGAAGUUCCUGCAGGAUGGUGACGAGGUAGUGGUGGAGAUUGAAGGGAUUGGAAAGGUUGUCAAUACGAUGAAGUUUGAGUAG